AUGAGGCCUACAGAGCUGCACCAGCUUUUCAGUGAUCCUAAGGUUGUGGCUGAAGUUCCAAGACUUGUACCAAGUAGAACAGGAUUGACUGAGGAAUUUAAGGCUGGUGUUGAUGAAUUUAUAUGUUUUGCACUAUCACAAGUCAAUUUUGUAUCAGAAGGUGACAUACGGUGUCCGUGUUCAAGGUGUGAUAAUAUGGGUUUUCUUAAUGUAGAGGAUGUUAAAACCCAUCUAUAUAAGUAUGGUUUCGUCCCUGAAUAUUAUCAAUGGAUAUCACAUGGGGAUCCGUACAUAAAUCAUGUGUCUCCACAAACAGAAAAUGAAGCAGCUAUUCAAACUACACCAUCAGAUCCGUAUCGCACAAUGGUUUUAGAAGCAGCCGGGCUUGGUUUUGAUUUUGAAUUUGAUAGAAACGAUUUUGUUAGUGAUGAAGGAGAGCUUCCCAAUAGUGUUGCUGGAAAAUUCUAUGAAUUACUUAAGGCUACAGAAGAGCCAUUGUACGAGGGAUGUAAAUUGCAUACUCCACUAUCAGCGACGUCAAGAUUAGUGAACAUUAAAUCUGAGUUCAAUAUGAGUGGGGUAUGCUUUAAUCAGAUAUUACAACUGAUGAAAGAGCUUGUACCGAAUGACAACAAGUUACCUACUGAUUUCUACAAAACCAAAAAAAUGGUUAGAAAUCUUGGGUUAGGGUAUAAAAAGAUAGAUGUGUGUGUGAAUGAAUGCAUUUUGUACUUCAAAGAAAAUCAAGAUUUGAAAGUUUGCUCUGUUUGUGGUCACUCUCGAUAUAAACCGAGAAAAAGGGGGAAUGAAAAACAAAAAGAAAUUUCUUAUAAAAUACUAAGAUAUUUUCCUCUCACCCCAAGGCUUCAAAGAUUAUUCAUGUCUUCAAAAACAUCAGAACAUAUGACAUGGCAUAAGAAAAGUCGUCGAGAAUCCGGGACGAUCAGCCAUCCAUGUGACGGCGAGGCAUGGAAGCACUUCGAUACAUCUUAUCCUUCCUUUGCUGUUGAGCCACGUAAUGUUCGAUUAGCUCUUUCAUCUGAUGGGUUUAGUCCAUAUGGACAAAAGAGCCAUCCUUAUUCAUGUUGGCCAGUAAUUAUAACACCAUACAACCUUCCCCCUGGAAUGUGUAUGACAACUCCUUACAUGUUCUUAUCUCUUGUUAUUCCUGGUCCUAAGAGUCCUGGUAAGAACAUAGACGUAUAUUUGCAGCCUCUCGUAAAUGAGUUGAAUGAAUUAUGGGAGGUGGGAGUAGAAACUUAUGAUUCAUUCAAUAAACAAAAUUUUCAAAUGCGAGCUGCACUUAUGUGGACUAUUAAUGACUUUCCAGCAUACGGAAUGUUGUCUGGAUGGAGCACACAUGGAGUUUCAUCGUGUCCUUUAUGUAUGGGCCGUAGCAAGGCAUUUUUCUUGAAGGAAGGAAAAAAACCAUCAUAUUUUGAUUGCCAUCGUCAAUUUUUGCCCAUGAAUCAUCCUUUUCGGAAAGAUAAAAAGUCUUUCCGUAAGGGAAGUGUUGAAAAGUCAACGGCUCCGGAUGGUUCAGGUCCAUCACUGCAUACAGGAGGAUCAAUUCCAAUGUCAGAAUAUAAAAGAAGAUAUGUGAAAGAAAAUGGGAAAGAACCUAGUGCCUCGGAGUUAUUCCUGAUGACUCACAAGACAAAAGAAAAUAAUGAUUGGGUUGACAAGAAGUCGAAAUUGAUAUGGGAAAAAUUUAAGAAUAGCAUGAAGAAACGUCGUCUAGAUAACAGGUUUGAGACACAAGAUAACGAAAAUGAUGAUGCAACAAUAGAUGAUGAAGAUGGGGAAGAAGAUGACAGUGGAGAUGAGGCCUUCAUGACAACGAUAGCUACUCUACCCAAAGAACUAGUUGACAAUGUUUGGCUCGAGGUAACCGGAGGACCAACAAAAGGAAGAAUUUAUGGUGUCGGGUCCGAGUCUUCUAACAUUUUGCAGGGAGUUAACCAUAUAUCUAAUGGCCCAACAUUUUCUUCAUCAGCACCACCCAAUUAUUCUCAAAGUUUCGUCAAUUCUCCUAUAUUUCAAGAAGCAGUUAAUCGAGCAAUAAAAGACAAAUUUGAACAAAUGGAAGCGGCUUUUGAAGAGAAAUUGCAAGCCAGGAUUGAGGCAGCCACUCAAGCAAUGAACCGAAGUCAAUGA